CGAGACUCGAACGUAAACAAUUCCUGGAACCCAUCCUCUUGGUGACUGUUGAGGACAGGCCCCUGAAGAAUGCGUAGGAGGUGGGAGGAGAAGACGCCUUUGGGAUGAUUAAAUACCUUUUUCUCAGUGACAUCAAAUUAAGGAUAUAACAAGUAGUUGAAAGGUUAGCACGAUGGUUUUUGUAACUUCGUACAUCUCAGGCAUCCGACGAACUUGGUGCAUUAAUGAAAAUGUGACAACCUCUGGCAUCUUAGAAGCAUUACAACAGAGAGAAGGUAGUGUCAAAGAUGUUGUCUUGCAGUGCAAUAGCCAAAUUUUAACAUCUGAAUCAUCUGUAGCUAGCAAUGCUACUGUUGUUGCCACUUUGAGACUACCUGGUGGGAAAGGAGGUUUUGGAUCUAUGCUUAGAGCUAUUGGUGCUCAGAUUGAAAAAACUACCAAUCGUGAAGCUUGCAGAGACCUCAGUGGCAGACGUUUGAGAGACAUAAAUGAAGAAAAGAGAUUAAAGGAUUUCAUCAGUAAAAAAGCAGAGAGAGAAAGAGAAAUGCAAGAGAGAAAAUGUCAGAAGUUUGAAAAAUUAAAAGAGACUCCGAAGCACAUAUUCCAGGAUGAAUCUUAUUACCAACAGCGUGAAAAACGGGAAAAGAAUCUUUUUGAUUCUCUUGAUAAAGCUCUCAAAAAUGGAAAUACUUCAGGAGUUAAGCGUUCCUGUGAGGGGGAAGCUGUGCCAAUUAAAAGAAUGAGAACAAACAAAUUGUUGGUUGAUCUUGAUGAUUCAAGUGAUGAAAGUGAAGAUGAAUGCAGUGGUUCAUCAGAUAAGAAAAGUAGUAGUGAAAGUGAAGAUAAUGCUGCUGAAAGCAAGAAUGAAAAUCACAUAUCUCCAAAUAAUGUGAGCAAGCCAUCAACAAAUGGUGCACAAGACAGCAUAAAAGGGAAGGAAACAGGGAGUGAUGACAGUGAGGAUUCUGCCCCAAAGGAAAAUCAGUGUGCAACAAAAGUUGGAGAUUCAGGAUAAUCUAGUGCCUAAUACUAAGUGAAACUCAUAAAAUUAUAGUAUGUUGAGUAUGGUAACAGUGAAGCUUUACUUUUACUUAAAGUAUGCUAUUUGUUUAAUUUUUUACUCUUUAUUUUCAGUAGUUUGCGUAAUCUGAAAGUAGCUAAAGUAUUUAAAGACUGUAGCUGAUAUGUCCUUUAAAAAGGGAGCAUUUGUGAACUAAGAGUAUUUGGUAAAGUUUAAAUCUUUAUAAUGAUAUAGAAUUAGAGAAUACAGGGAUAUCAUAUGUGCCCCUGUAGACUUGUAAAAUUAUAUUUGAGUUGUAAGAGGUAUUAUAGCUUGGUUGCAUAGUUCAGUAUAUGUGUAUAUAAAAGUAGUAUUAGAUUUAAUGAUGCAAGUUUAUAAUAAUUUUGUAUUGUAAGUUAUAUUAAUUUUAGUAUUAUAGCUUUUUGUUCCAUGGCUUACUUAAUUUCUAACCUUUUGUGUAAAAUAUUAACAUUUAUAUUACAUUUGUCAUUUAUUAUCUUUUAGUCUUAAUUAUUUCUUGUUCUGUAUAUUUUGUGUUGUAUGUUUGUACUAUUUGUAAAGACAAUACAAUGUUAAAGGUUCAGAGAUGUUCCUCUUUAUAAUGAAGCUCUUCUUAUCAAA